AUUUAUAGAAUUAACUAUAAAUCCAUUUAUUUUAGCCAGACUUAAAUAUAUUUUAUUUCUGAGGAUUUUUUCGGAAACACUAUUCCGGAAUCCUACCGGAAAUAAGUUGGCAAAUAGAAUAGCAUUUCCUUUUAUGACGAGGCAAUUUCGGGAGAACGGUGAGAUAACAGUCGAGACAACAUUUUAAUUUUUUAUAAGAUUCAGAAGCUACGGAAAAUAAGUUAAAUUGUAGAAAAAACAUGCCAAAAGAAAAAUCAACGAGGGCGAAAAAGAAGAAGGGAGGUGAUGUUAUGAGAAAGGGGCGAACAAAUAAAAAUGUGGAAGGUCCAGUUGAAUUUCAAGAGCAGACGACAAUGGAGACAUCAACAAAUAACGGAUUUGAGGGAGAAAUGGAUGUAUCACCCAGAGAUGAACCAUCGGGAUUCCGCAUGGAGAAUUCCAGGGAAACCAUUCGAGGAAUUGGCUCCACAAGCAAACAAGAUACCAGAAAAAAUACCAGUAGAAUUUCAGCAGUUGAUGUUAGAAAUGAAGUAAACAACUUGUUACAUCUAGCAACAGCCCCAAAUACUCAGGAAACAUACAACCAGGGACUAAGAUGCUUUGAGGAAUUCCAGGAUUCCCUAAACCUUAGCAAAAUAUGGCCCCCUACGUUAGAGCAAAUAGUUCUAUUUAUAGGUUAUAUGUCAGCAAAACAUCUCUCAGUGGCAACAGCUAGAACUUACAUUUCAGCUAUUUCUUACAAACUAAAAAUUCAAAACAAUAGGGAUGAAACUCAAAGCUUUCUGGUUAAGAAACUCUUAGAAGGAUUCAGAAGAAAGGUCAAGAAAAAUGAUGCCAGACUGCCAAUUACAUCAAAUAUAUUAAAUCAAAUACUACAAAGUUUGCACUUGGUUUGUACAAACUACUAUGAAUGCAAACUGUUUCAAGCCGCCUACACUUUAGCAUUUUUUGGUUUCUUUAGAGUUGGAGAAAUGACAGUAAAAAACCAAAAAGAUCUGGGACAUGCAAUUGAAUAUGAAGACAUAACAAUGUUUACAGAAGAAAAUAAAAUCCAAAUAAAAUUAAAGCAUUCCAAAGUGGAUCAAAUAGGGGAAGGAGAAACAAUUACUAUUCAGAAUAGCCAAUUUGGGUCUCAAAUACAACCAAUUAAGAUUAUUCAAGAAUAUCUAGCAAUACGACCUUCAGUGCAGGGGAAGUUGUUCUGUCAUUUUAGUGGACAACCAUUAACUAGAUACCAAUUUACGGCAGUUUUAAAUAAAGUUUUGUCGAUAAUAGGGUUAGAAGGUAAAAAAUACAAGUCUCAUUCAUUUAGAAUUGGGGCAGCAACCAGUGCAGCAAUGUUUGGUAUGUCAGAGGAAGAAAUCUGUAAAGCAGGAAGAUGGAAAUCUAAAGCAUACAAAAUUUAUGUUAGGAUGUAAUCAUAAUAUAAAUGUAGGUGUAACCCUUAAGACUGUCAUAUGUUUAAGUAUAUAUGAAAAUGGUUUCAAGUCAUAUAAUUAUAUAAUCUUGUCAUGUCUCUAUAUAUACACUUUCAGAACAACAGGUAUGGGUAGUGGGCUCAUCAAUAGUCAAAAGAGCAUUUUUAGCAGCUAGAAUCAGACCAGAUGGAGUUAACUUGGGACUAAUGGAUAGAUUAAAUGUGUCUAUUUGGUGGCAAGGAAAAGGGGGUAUGGGCUGGUAUGAAAUGUACAACAAGAUCAAAACAUUGCUGAAAGUUGCUGACCCUCCUGAUUACAUUAUUCUACAUUGUGGUGGUAAUAAUAUUGGGUACACACCAAUCAAACAGCUUAUACAAGAUAUGAAAGGUACAAUUGACAAAAUUUGGAAACUUUUACCCAAUACAAAGCUUGUAUGGUCACAAAUAUUGCCUAGAAAGAACUGGUAUUCAUCAGAUAGCAUAGAAAAAAUGAAUAAUUCUGCAAAAAGAAUCAACAGUUCAGUGGCGGCUUAUAUAGUAAGGAAUGGGGGAUGUUAUAUCAAGUAUUUGGAUAUCAAACUUGUAAACACAAAUCUUUUUGAGGCAGAUGGGGUCCAUAUAUCAAAUAUAGGCAAUGAAAUUUUUCUCAACAACAUUAGUGCAGGGUUAGAACAAUUUAUAACGAAUGGAUGGCAAGUGUAUCCAAAGUUAUACUAGAAUUUGGACGGGGUAUUUUGUGGCAAGGUCUUGGCUCCAGGAACUAGCCGCUUCCCCCCCUUGGUGGCGGUGGCUUCAAUGGUUAAUAUUGUAACCAUUUCCGCCAUGUGGAAGAAUGCGCGUCUGGUUCCUGUGAUUGGACAUUGAAUGAUUUGAUUGGACAAUAUUGUAUGUAUUGAAUUAUUUGGUGACAAUUUGGUCACAUAUAUAUAUGAUACACUUUGAUUGCCGCUCACCGGAAUCAUAGUCAUAUGGUUUUUUGUUUAAUUGAAAAUUGACAUUUUAAUGAUUGAUGUUUGGGGGUGAUUGCAAAUCGUCUCAUUGCCGUCAACCGGAAUGAGAAGAUCUGCGAAAUUUGUUGCUUGAUUUUAUGAUAUAACAUUAGGCAAUGAUGUGUUUUUGGCCUGUACCAUUUGGGUGUCAAUACACAGGUGUAAUUUACAUGGUAAAAUUUUAAUGUAAAACUUUAAAAUUUUACUCAUUGCCUAGUUGCCAAGACCAACAACAGCCACAAUGGGGAGGGGGGUGUUGUUAUAAAAUACAAUAAGUGCAAAAAAUAAACUUGUAUAUAGGUAAACAUAAUGUUAUGUCUUUAUUUCCAUCCCAGGACAAGGUCAGCUUACAAGUACAAUGUACACUACAAACUGCUAUCAUUUUGAAGUUUUGCAAGGCUGGUCUAUAAUAAUAAGAUUUAUAGAAUUAACUAUAAAUCCAUUUAUUUUAGCCAGACUUAAAUAUAUUUUAUUUCUGAGGAUUUUUUCGGAAACACUAUUCCGGAAUCCUACCGGAAAUAAGUUGGCAAAUAGAAUAGCAUUUCCUUUUAUGACGAGGCAAUUUCGGGAGAACGGUGAGAUAACAGUCGAGACAACAUUUUAAUUUCCCUUCCCACCCAUCCCAAAAAGUUGUAAGAAUAUGUACUGCGGAAAAUGUUUUCAAUUUUUCAGGUGAGCUCGAUUCUUGGAUAUAGUUCUGGUUAUGGGAAAAGAAACAAAUACAAUGGAGUGUGUUUGAAAAGACUGUCUUGGCAACUUGGGGCCAGAUAAAGUACAUUUUUGAUUACGGAACACAAGAAGAAUGCGCGUCUGGUUCCUGUGAUUGGACAUUGAAUGAUUUGAUUGGACAAUAUUGUAUGUAUUGAAUUAUUUGGUGACAAUUUGGUCACAUAUAUAUAUGAUACACUUUGAUUGCCGCUCACCGGAAUCAUAGUCAUAUGGUUUUUUGUUUAAUUGAAAAUUGACAUUUUAAUGAUUGAUGUUUGGGGGUGAUUGCAAAUCGUCUCAUUGCCGUCAACCGGAAUGAGAAGAUCUGCGAAAUUUGUUGCUUGAUUUUAUGAUAUAACAUUAGGCAAUGAUGUGUUUUUGGCCUGUACCAUUUGGGUGUCAAUACACAGGUGUAAUUUACAUGGUAAAAUUUUAAUGUAAAACUUUAAAAUUUUACUCAUUGCCUAGUUGCCAAGACCAACAACAGCCACAAUGGGGAGGGGGGUGUUGUUAUAAAAUACAAUAAGUGCAAAAAAUAAACUUGUAUAUAGGUAAA